AUGGGGAAGUCGGAUUUCCUCAGCCCCAAGGCCAUCGCCAACCGCAUCAAGUCCAAGGGGCUGCAGAAGCUGCGCUGGUACUGUCAGAUGUGCCAGAAGCAGUGCCGUGAUGAGAAUGGCUUCAAAUGUCAUUGCAUGUCUGAGUCCCACCAGAGGCAAUUGCUGCUGGCUUCUGAAAAUCCUCAGCAAUUCAUGGAUUACUUUUCUGAGGAGUUCCGAAAUGAUUUCCUAGAACUGCUCAGGAGGCGAUUUGGAACAAAGAGAGUCCACAAUAAUAUUGUGUACAAUGAAUAUAUCAGUCAUCGAGAACACAUCCACAUGAAUGCCACGCAGUGGGAGACACUUACUGAUUUUACUAAAUGGCUGGGGAGAGAAGGUCUUUGCAAGGUUGAUGAGACUCCAAAAGGCUGGUAUAUUCAAUAUAUUGAUAGGGACCCAGAGACUAUUCGCAGGCAACAAGAACAAGAGAGGAAGAAGAAACAGGACCUUGAUGAUGAAGAAAAAACUGCUAAAUUCAUUGAACAACAAGUUAGAAGAGGUUUGGAGGGGAAAGAACUGGAAAAGCCAGUCUAUACUGAACUGAACAGAGAAAAUGAAGAAGAAAAAGUUACAUUUAAUUUAAACAAAGGAGCAAGUACUUCAAUAGCAGCAUCUUCUAAAACAAGCAGUGUCCUUGGACCGAAUGCACUGAAGAUGGUGGAAGGGGCAGUUAAAAGAAAAGAAUCAGCUCAUAGCUCUGGUCAGUCCAAAGAGAAAAAGAAGAAAUCUGCACUGGAUGAGAUCAUGGAGCUUGAAGAGGAGAAGAAAAGAACAUCUCGAAGAGACUACUGGUUGCAGCCUGAAAUUGUUGUAAAAAUUGUAACAAAAAAGCUUGGAGAGAAGUAUCACAAGAAGAAGGCAGUUGUGAAGGAAGUGAUUGACAAAUAUACAGCAGUUGUGAAGAUGAUUGAUUCUGGAGACAAACUGAAGCUUGACCAGACGCAUCUGGAAACUGUAAUACCCGCACCAGGCAAGAAAGUGAUGGUAUUAAAUGGUGGUUACAGGGGAAAUGAAGGCAUCUUGGAAUCUAUCAAUGAAAAGAGGUUUUCAGCAACGAUAAUCAUUGACUCUGGACCUUUAAAAGGACGCCGAGUUGAAGAUAUCCAGUAUGAAGACAUUUCCAAACUCGCCUGAGGGGCUAAUUGUGGAUCAGAGAAGAUUUUGGUUCCCAAAGACAUCUUUCUGGCAUCUUGCAGGCAGACACAAGACUCUACCAUGUCAGGGUUUUAAUUGUGUGUGUGUAUGUAUUUAUAAUGUAUAUAGAAUUUAACCAGAAGCAAACUGGAUUUAUUUAAAGAUCACUAUGGAUUUGUUAUAUAAAAUGUUUGUGGAAAUCUUAUCAGUGGAAAUAUUUCAUCUGAUUCUAUAUCAAAGUUAUAAUAUUUGGUUCAAUUCCCUUUUGUAAAAUAUAGCAGAUGGCUGCAAGCUGGAGUAUUUUCUUUACUGAAGAAUGUUAGCAGUUCCAUAAGAGAGAGAAUUACCUACAAAUAGCUGCUUGAGGCAGGCAGCGUGUGUCGGAGCCAGUGGAGUUUAAACAACACACUUCUCAAUCUGCAGCCAAAAUUGAGUUCUGGCUGCAGGAACAAGGGAAGGG